AUGGCUGUUGCCCCCACUUUUGUGGCUGACAUCACCACUGGGCAUGGCCCAUUUACUGCUACUUUUCCUCCAACUUUGACCGCGUUCUCAAGCACUCCAACACCUCAACCUCCAAGUAACUGUGGCAAGGCUUUCUAUGCCCAUGAUACUUGCGAUACAUGUUGGAUUAUUGAUUCAGGAGCUACUGACCAUAUGACGUAUAAUUCUACUUUAUUCUCUACUACUCUUCCGCCUUAUCGUGAUCAUAUUCUGACUGCUAAUAAUGUUGUUGCUCCUGUCAUGGGGGCUGAUUCUAUACUCUUCACACCUACUUUACCAUUGAACAAAGUGUUACUGAUUCCAUCUUUGUCUAGUGGUAUCCAGACUCGGGAGAUCUUUGGUCGUGGUACUAAAAAGGGAGGGCUUUAUUAUAUGGAUGAUGUGGCAACUAGUCGGGUUCUUCUUGCACGUAGCGCUGAAACUUCUCAGCAUUGCCGGAUUUGGUUGCUACAUUGCCGAUUUGGUCAUGCCUCCUUUGGAUAUUUACGGUGUUUGGUUGUGUCGUCUAUGUUCACUUCCAUCAUAACUAAAGGAGUAAGUUGGACCCCUAUGCUCUCCGCUAUGUCUUUCUGGGUUUCUCUCCUCAUCAAAAAGGCUACCGAUGCUAGCGUCUUGCAACCCGACGUCUCUAUGUCUCUAUGGAUGUUACCUUUAUUGAGGAUGAAAUGUUCUUCUCUGAUACACCCCGAGCAUGUCCUUCAAGGGGAGACUAGUAGUGAAGGACAUAACUGGCUAAAUUUACAAGGAGGUGUAGUAUUGGAUAGUUUGAUACAAAGGGAAGAACCGACCGAACCUGCUGAACUGGCUGAACCUGAUUGA